CAGAAGGCCCUCCGACAUCUAUAAUUUACUGGGCCAUCUUAUAUAGCUUUGUUUUAAUAGUGUGCGUUUAAGGACUGAACAUAAACUGCAUAGGGACUGAAUAGUGGUUGUGUUGUGGAAGUACUACAGCCCCCAUGGUGCAUUGCAGCGCUAAACGAAACGACUUCCUGAGUUCAAAGUUGAACAUUUUAACAUGUGUGUUUUAGUUGAGUAGCGGUAACUCGGUGUGUCAUGAGGCAAGUUUUGGUAUGAAAAUACUUUUAAUCGUUACUUUUUCGUUAUUUGUCGGCCUCCUCGUGUGUCGGAUAUGUCCGUGAACGCGUCAAACCACGAGCUGAUCCAGUUAAUCUACCGCCAUUUGAAGGAGCAUGGUUACCACUCAGCUGCUGAUGAGCUAGAGAGGCACAGCCCACAGGGGGAGACAAAAAUAUCUGCAUCAUUACUGGAGAUCUUCAGUUCAUGGUUAAAAGAGUCAAAAAAGAAAAGGAAGUCUGAUUCAGCCAGGCCCUCCAGUUCUAAAGAACAAGGAAGGACCCCAGCUAAGGUCAAAACUCCCAAGAAAAAAGGCAGCACCACCUCUGAGCAGGCGGCUUCACCAGCUGCAUCAACAACAGUUGUAACAGCUUCUCCUGUUGCCACACCAAAGAAAAAGAAGGAGAAAGUGGGGACAGAGACACAAAAAAGGAAGUCUGCGACAGGAAAAAGGAAAAAGAGUGAAGAACAGUCUGCAAAAAAUGUCAUCAAGGCGAAGAAAUCAAAGACACAAACAAAGGACACAGUUGUGGCCGCUGGUGGAGAUGAUUCAGACUCUGACAGCAGUCUGGAUGUAGAGAAAUGGAAGAAACUGGUCCUGCAGUUGACAGAUGCUGACAUAGCCAAAAUGGACACCAUCAAUGCUCUGGACUCCUCUGCACCAGAACCCAAGACAAAGAGAGUCAGAAAACCCCGGGCCAAGCCUCCCACAAAAAUGGACACUCCUGUUCAACAGAAUAACGGAACAGCUGAAAAGAAUGAAAAGGUGGAGGAGAAAGCUGCAACAGAGACACCAACAAAGAACAGCAAACACAAGAAGAGCAGUCCAAAGAAGACUGCAGCUGUGACCUCCACUGCCACCCCGAGCCAAGAGCAAAACUGCAGCGCUGCAGAGGACAGACCAGCUGCAUCCACCGCCUCUCCUUCAAAACUGACACCAAUGAAAGAGAAAAGGAAAGACGUGACUCCGUGUAACGAAAAAAAUGAUGAGACAACGUCUGAGCCCAAGAAGAAGAAGAAGAAAAAGGAAAUGACCGAAGACAAGGUGGAAGGGAGUGCAAAUGACACUGGUGGAGAUGGAAAAGAAAAAGAGAGUAGAGAGGAGAAGAAGACAAAGAAGGAAGUCACAGAGCAAGAGUGUGUUGAUGAACCUGUGGAGAAGAGAAAGAGCAAAGGAACAAAGGGAGAUAGCAAUAGGAAUGAGACUGAGGAAGAAGUGAUAGAGAAAAACAAAAAUAGCGAUGCUGAUAAUCAGGUCAUUUUAGAGCCAGUAGUACAAGAAAAGAAACCCAAGAAGAAGAAAAAGGAGAAAACUGAUUGUGAAGAAACUUCACAGCAGACAGCUGAAGAAAAGAAAGUAAAGAAGAAGAAAAAGACAGCUGAUAGUGAGGAAAAUCCAGAACAGGUAGCUGAAGAAGUAAAAGAAAAUGCGGAGCAGAUAGCUGAAGAAGUAAAAGAAAAUGCAGAGCAGAUAUCUGAAGAAAAGAAAGCUAAGAAGAAGAAAAAGGAGACCGCUAAUAGCGAGGAACAUUCAGAGCAAAUUGUUAAAGAAAAGAAAGCAAAGAAGAAGAAAAAGGAAAAUCCAGAGGAAGAAAAUUCAGAGCAGAUAGUUGAAGAGAAGAAAAAGAAAAAAAAGGACAAGGCUGAUCAUAUUGAAGAGAUGUCGGAGCAGAUCGUUGAAGAAACAAUGACAAAGAAAACAGAGAGCAGUGACAGAGAGGAAAACACAGAGCAGACUACUGAAGUAAAGAAGAAAAAGAAAAAGGACUCAUCACUGAAAAAUAACUCUGUUGACACAGAGCUGCUACCUCCAGCCGACCCUGAGACACCAACUCCUCCAACAGAGCAUAAGAAAAAGAAAAGCAAGUCAAAAUCAGCUGAGGUCCCAGAAACACCUGCAGUUUCUGUCCAAGAGGCCGCAGCAACACAAACCCUCCAGACACCCUCCAGCAACUCCCACAAAAAGAAAAAGAAAUCUUCCAAGAGCACAGAGUCAUGAAGGCGUUUGAUUCUUCAUCAGGAUGAAGUCAACACAUCCCCGGCGUCAGGUUUCUAACCAUAUUUUAAUGGUUAGAGGGAUCGCUGUAAAGAUUUUCUGACUUUUAUUUUGGUACAUUUUUAUCUUUUAUGUUUGUUUUAUGAGUUUACCACGCUAAAUGUGGCACACUGUGCCACAGCUGACUUUUUUUACUCAAUGUUUUGUAUGAUUUCUAUUUAAACAGUAUGACAAUAUAAAAGGGAUGGAUGGAUGAUCCCUCUGGGAAUAUUUGGGAAAUUCAGUCACUGACUGAAUGGAGAUGUCUCUUUUUUUCUGUUAUUAUAAUAUAAACUGUUCUAGUUCUCUGAAUCACCACAUCUCAGAUUUUUAUAGUGAUUCAAAUAGAAUAAUGAAAUGAAUUUCUUGUCAGUAUAUGUUUAGUACUAUUCCUUUUGUAAUUACCACAAAAAACAAAUAUUUUAUGGAUCAAAAACAAGUUUCAUACUUAUUAAAAAAUAAUAUGGAAAUUGUUUUAAUGGCCUAUUUUUGUGUUCUCUGUUUUUGAAAAGCAUGGGGUUUUUUUUAAACAAAAAGUUUAACUGUUUGAUAAAGCUUUCAU